GACUUUUUAAAUAGUAAAUGAAAGCAAUUCUACCUCUUCUGUACUUGUACUUUUCCCCUUUCUCUGUCAUUAACACAAGCUUUGUGCUUAAUACUUCACGAUUUUUCUUCUCCCCUUUCACAUAUUUUUCUUGCUUCAACUUGGUUCUUUUUACCUAUUUAUAGAUACCCAAAAGGCUAAUAUUAGCUAACAGGUGUUCUAGUUGCUAAUAAGCUAAAUCCAACUACUUAUUAGGCUUCCAUUUUGUUGUUUCACUUCAAGAUUUUUGUGGGGUUUGCUUAUUUUUACAGAGCAGAUCAUACCUAUCUUUUUGAUAUUUCAGAUCAUACUUACUUGGGGGUCAGUAAAGCUUCUUUGACUAUUUUGGUCGUAUUUAUCAAUUCAAGAUACUGUAUUUAACAUGAGGAAUUUUGGACGCGGUUCCAAUUCGUUAAAGUCAGCUGAAACUAUGAGGCUUAUUCUCUCCAUAGGUUGCGGAAUCAUUUUUGGCUUAUUUAUAGGACUUUCAUUUCCUACUAGCUCAUUAAACAAGCUAAAUAUAACAGCCAGUAUUGUAAGCAGCUUCCCAAUUGCUAGAGACAGAAACAAUAUUGUUUCAGCCCAAACACAUACAGAUUCUUCGAUCAAAAAUCAGAAUGCUACAGAUCAAUUAAAGAUUUGGGUCCCAUCAAACCCAAGAGGGGCAGAAAGAUUACCUCCAGAGAUCGUUGCUUCUGAGUCCGACUACUAUCCCCGGAGAUUGUGGGGAAAACCCAGUGAGGAUCUACCCAGCAAGCCAAAAUAUCUUGUAACAUUUACUGUUGGUGUUAAGCAGAAGCAUAACAUUGAUGCUGCUGUAAAGAAGUUCUCAGACGAUUUCACAAUUCUUCUCUUUCACUAUGAUGGUAACACAACUGAAUGGGAUGAAUUUGAGUGGUCAAAACGAGCCAUCCACGUGAGCGUUCGGAAACAAACAAAAUGGUGGUAUGCGAAAAGGUUUCUGCACCCAGACAUUGUUGCCCCAUAUGACUAUAUUUUUAUCUGGGAUGAAGACCUAGGAGUUGAGCAUUUUGAUGCCAAGGAGUACAUUAAACUUGUCAAGAAGCAUGGUUUGGAAAUUUCGCAGCCAGGUUUAGAUCCCAGGAGAGGAACAACAUGGCAAAUGACAAAGAGAAGAGGUGAUCGUGAAGUUCACACGAUAACAGAAGAGAAACCAGGCUGGUGCCCAGACCCCCAUUUGCCUCCAUGUGCAGCAUUCAUUGAGAUCAUGGCUCCCGUCUUUUCACGAGAUGCAUGGCGUUGUGUGUGGUAUAUGAUUCAGAAUGACUUGGUACAUGGUUGGGGACUUGACUUCGCACUUCGUAAAUGCGUUGAGCCUGCUCAUAAGAAAAUUGGAGUUGUAGAUGCUCAAUGGAUUGUUCAUCAAGGUGUCCCUUCCCUUGGAAAUGAGGGGCAAGCAAAAGAUGGACAGGCUCCUUGGAAAGGGGUGAGGGAGAGAUGUAGAAAGGAAUGGACAAUGUUUCAAUCUAGGGUAGCAAAUGCAGAGAAAGCCUAUUUCAAGUCAAAAGGAAUUGAUCCUUCUAAAGUUGAUCAUUAAGUCAACAUGAUCAAAGUUGACAGUAUACAGUCUAGGCAAUUUUGCCUAGGAUUAUAGGUGGUUCCAUCAUGUAAAAUUGAUAGCCAUAGCUGUUAAGAUACAUUACAUUUAUGAAGGAAUAUUGAAGAGCUUCUUUAGGAGUAUCCUACAUGAUCGCGACGUGCUUUUAUUUUAUAAUAAAAAAGGUUAGAAAGAA